AUGAUUGAUCCACUAAUGCUCGGUGUUGUUGGUGUUAUUGUUGUCGGAUUGGUUGCCGUUUUGGGUUACUUUUUCUCAUCGAAAGAUGAAUCGGAUUUCGAAAAGGUAUGCUUUUUAAAGACGUUUAUUGAUUUUUUGAGAGAGGAUUCGAGUAAACUUUUUCUAUCUAGAGAGAAGUUUCAGAAAAUAAUUCUCCUAUCUUGUUUACUUCAAAAUUAUCCUUGUGAAAUUGUACCUAAAAUUGUUGUUUCUAGAAUUUCCUAGAUUAUGAAAUGUAUUGAGUAAUACAUAGCUUUUUUGAAAGAAAAAAUCAUGUUUUUUUUAGAAAUUCCAAGAACACAACGGAAAUGCUCUCAAAUUAUUGAGCGAAAAUGGUAAAAAAGAGAAAAAACAACAACAAAAUCCACCAAAAGCGAAAGGCGAAAAGAAGAAGGUGAAAAAAGAGGAAGCAGCCACACCAACUCCACAAACCACACCAACAACUGAAUCACCAAAAGUUACUGUAACUCCUCCACCAAAAGUUGUUGCACCAAAAGUUGAGGAAGUCAAAGUUCAAGUUAAAGUAGUAGAGCCAGAAAUUGCCAAGAAAGUUGAAAGUGUGCCAGUUUUGAGUGAAAAUGUUGCACCAAAGAAGAAGAGCCCGAAAGUUGUGAAUUUGAAAGAUUUGGAUGCUAAGAAAUUGUUGGCAAAAUUGAAUAACACGGAAAAUUUGGAACCAGAAUAUGUUCAAUUUUUGACUGGAUAUUUGAAGGAUGUUGAUACACAGGUAACAAAAUAUUAUUUGAACUUCAAAAUCUUGUACUUUUCGCUAGAAAAAUUAUCAUCAAAUAAUUUUCAGAAAACCAAUUUAUCCAACGAAGUCAAAGCCGUUACCAAGAAAAUGAACGACCACGCCCAAAAACUUGACAAAUUGCAAAAAGAAAAAGGUUCAUUGGAAAAUAAACAACGAGAGGAACAAUUGAAAAGUGCAAAUUUGGCGGCAAAAGUUCAACAAUUGGCACAAUCUGAACAAAUUUUGAAACAACAAUUGGUUUGUUUUUUAUCUCGGAAAAUCUCAUUAAAAUCUCUUGUUUCCAGACAACUCUUUCUGCAACUUAUCAACGAAAUGAAACAACACUUUCACAAGAUUUAUCAGCCAUCAAAUCACGAUUUUUGGAACAAGAAAAAGAACUUGUUGCAGUUCGAUCUGCCAAUCAAAAACUUGCAAAAGAAGUUCGAACAGCUGCAAUGCAAGUAAAUGAGGCUGAUGUAACUAAUCUUAAAGCACAAUUCGGUAACUUCGAAAAAGUUUCGAAUGAAUUAAAAGCUGAUAUUUUGAAAAAGAAAGAAAUUAUUGAUCAAUUGGUGCAAGAUUUGGCAAAGAGAGAUUCGAAAUUGGCUGAAUUUGAAGGAGAAAAACAAGAAUGGUUGAAAAAAGAGAAAGCAUUGAAACAAGAAUACUUCAAUGUAUCAAAUAUGGUCAAAUCAUUGAAUGGUGAAAUUCAUCAAUUUGUUGCCUUGUAAGUUUUCAUUGUUUCAUUCAAAAUGAAAUUUGAUUUUUGCAGCAAAGAACAACAAGAAAAAGUGAUUGGAGAACUCCGCUUGAAAGAGCAAGAAUUCGAAAAAUACAAACAAGAAGAAGCGUCAAGAAUUGUUGAAAUUCCACGAAAUUCGCCACCACCACCACAAGUCCAAGAAGAGAUUUUUGAAUUGAAAAAGACCACAGUUGACUUGGCAGCCACACCUUCUUCAAGUAAAAACGAUGAAGAAUUCAAUAAAAUCAAGGAAGAAAAAGAGAAAUUGCAAGCUAAGGUUGAGGUUGGUUGAACUAUUUUGUGAUUCUGGUUAUCAACUUUUCAGGAAAAAAUAUAGAAUUUACCAACUUUUUCGAAAAGUCUAACCUAUAAGGUCGAAUUGGCUAAAAUAAUUGACAAUUUUAAUGAUGAUUUUUCUUUUUUUUUCGGAUUUCAAAAACCAUGAUUUUGUAGGAACUUCGCGCCCGAAACAUUGCUAUUCUUGAGAAAGUUGAAGAAGCUGAAAAGAAAUCGAAGAAACCAACAACAGAAUCAAAACCACAGCCCGAGUUUGAUAUCGAAGGAGAAAGAAAACAGGUUGUUGAAACUGUUGGAAAAUUGGCAGCAAAGAAGUUUGAUAAAUUGAAAGAUAAUAAGGUUGGUUUUAUUUUUCCCGAAAAUAUUCAAAUCUGAACAAUCAUGUUCAAAAAUACAGUGUUGUUUUCAUUUGAAACUUUCUCAAAGCCAUUGUAAAUCACCAAAUAUAUCUUCAUAUUUUUCAGGCUUACUCAAAAUGGCUUCAAGAUUCAGUGGCACAUGUUGAAAAACAAUUAGCUGCUGCACAGAAACGGCCCGAAUCUCAACCUCAACCUCAAGUCAUCGUCGAAAAUAACAACAAGCCAAUUCAAACAAAACCUGAAGAUGCUGGUUAUUAUCGAGGUGUUAUUCAAAAUUUGGUAAGUUUCACAAUCUUUUUAUAUUUAUCCCAAUAUCCUUUUUUCAGCUUGCUGAGAUUUCACGAAUCGAAAAAUUGGCUGUGUAG